GGUCGCGCCGCCCUUCGUUGUCUCGGGCUCGGCGGGGGCAGCACCGGAGGGACCCCGAGCUCCGAGCUGCGACCCCGGGGAGCCGUCGGGGAGACGGGGGGGGGAGUCAGCCGGGAUGUCCCAGGAAAAUCUGCUGGGUAUGGACGAAGGGGCGCUGAGGAAGCUGCUGGAGGCCACGCUGGACCUGGCUGAGCGGCGCCGCAUCCGCUCGGCCAUCAGGGAGCUGCAGCGACAGGAGCUGGAGAGGGACGAGGAGGCACUGGCGUCCAAACGCUUCCGACCCGAGCGCGGCAGCCACCGGCAGGACAACAAGGAGAACUGGCUGCGGUCCCAGCAGCUGGAGGAAGAACAGCAGAAGGCUCUGGCUUCCCUGUCCCGGGAGCUUGAAUCAAUCACCGAUGUGGAAGAGCUGACAAAGCUGCUGCGAGCGGCCAGCGAAUACGAGGAGCGCAAGCUCAUCCGGGCUGCCAUCCGCAAGCUGCGGGCUGAGGAAAUCGAAGCUGCAACCCUGGCUGGUAACGUGCAGAGCAACCGGAGGCACGGCACCGAGCCCCCAGCCGUGCCUGCAGAAGGCAGCCAGAGGGAUGAUGCUGAAGCGCCAGCUCUGUCUGGGAAUGGGGAGAGCAGCCAGAGAGGAGACUCCGAGCUUCCAGCUGCAGUGAGGAGCGUGGACGACGGCUGUCAGGGCAGCACCGAGGCCCUGGCUGUAGGCAGGAGCGUGGAGGACAGCCAGGGGGGUGAUGCUGAGCAGCCGGUGCUGGAUGGGACAGAGGAGAGCAGCCACGGUGGAGAUGCUGACCAGCUGCCUGCUGAGGAGCUCGAACGUCCUGUGGCCCACGAGCAAGACGCAUCUGUGGAGCAGGAGCAUGGCCAAACGGAGACGCAGGAGCUGAACAGCCAGCAGCUGAGAGGGCCCCAGAAACCCAGUGCCCAGGGCACAGCCUCGGGAGCCCUGGUGAUCCUAGACCUGCACCCAGCACCGGAGCCUGCUCCAGCCCCGGAGCCUGCUCCAGCCCUAAAGCCUGAAGACCACCCCACGGAGCUGGAGCGGGUCCAGCCAUGCACCCAGCGCGUGGCCGAGUGCGAAGUGCAGUACCAGGCCUCCUGGAAAGACAAGAGCCCCAGCAGCCCCUCUGCCACGCAGGAGCCCCACGCUGAGCAGCUGGAGACCCCACGCAGGACGGGGCAAAGCCGCCAGGCAGAGCAGCAUCCCCAGCACCGGCCCGGUGCCGUCAGCCAGGGCAACCAGUUUGUCAUCUGCGUGCGAGGCCAGGCGUCGGGGAAGGCUGUGAAAUUGGAGGAGAAGCGAGCGGCGCCCACCCGGGACGCAGCGAGGACCCCGUCUCGCCUGAACACUCACCGCUGGGAGCAAGCACCGGCCGGCCGCGUGGAGCCCAGCCCCGACGGCCCCAUCCAGCGCUCCUCCUCGGUGCGGGAGCGCGCCCAGCGCUUCGCCCCGGCAGCCCCGACCCCAUCGGGUGGCCCCGAGGGGGCGGGCGGCGGGGGGGGGCGGGCCGGGCCCGCCCAAUUACAGCGGGGACCGCGCUCGGCCCCGUCGUCGGGGAUCGCUCAAAACUCGCGGGGCGGCGGCGGCGGCGGCGGAGGCGCAGAGCAGAGCCCGGCCAGCCUGCCCGCAGGCCCUCGCCCCGUCGGCUCCGGCACCGGCUCCGGUUCUGCCACCGCCGCCGCCGCCGCUGCCCACGACGGCAUGAAGACCUACUUCACCAUCGAGAUCAAGGAUGGGCGCGUGCAGCCCCUCACGCAGUCCCUCACGCCCCGCGUCGUGGCCGCCCCCGGCAGCCAGCGGGCAGAGCUUACCCUGGGGCUUAGGAGCACCCCCAUCCGCAUCACCACCAUCCCCAGCGGCAGCAGCAGCAUCUGCAUCAGCAGCAAUGUCGUCAAGAUGGAACCAGAGGCGGUGGAGCAGCCCCAGGCACCAAGGGUGGUGGAGCAGCCCCAGGCGUCAAGGGUGGUGGAGCAGCCCCAGGCACCAAGGGUGGUGGAACAGCACCAGGCAUCAAGGCUGGAGCCAGAGCUGCCCAACGGCAUGGAGAAGGUCCAAGUGAAGGAGGUGGAAAAAAGGACCAAGCUAAACGUUGAGGAGCUGAACAGGAUCGAGGAUGAGGACGUUCUGGAUAAGAUGCUGGAUCAGACGACGGACUUCGAGGAGCGACGACUGAUCCGUAACGCCAUGCGGGAGCUGCGUCAGCGCAAGCGAGACCAGCGGGAGAAGGAGCGGGACCAGAGGCUGCAGGAGAUGAAGAGCCAGGCUACAGCGGGCAGGGCCGGCCACACCACCGAGACCACUACCACACAGAGCUCCCAGUCGGCCGAUGGCUCAGCCCGCAGCACUGUCACCAAAACAGAACGCCUCAUCCAGUCUAAUGACGGCACCAAGACUUCCCGUACAACAACCAUGGAGUCGAGUUAUGUGAAGAGAACAGACAAUGGCAGCAGCACAUUUGUUCAAACCAAAUCAUCCUACAGCUCCUCGUCCAAGAAGACAGGCAGCAUCUUUGACCGGGAAGAUGAGACUGCCUCAAGGCAGAGCAGUCUGGCGGCACUGGAGCGGCGCCAGGCUGAGAAGAAGAAGGAGCUGAUGAAAGCUCAGAGCCUGCCCAAGACAUCUGCCUCACAGGCUCGCAAGGCCAUGAUUGAGAAGCUGCAGAAGGAGGGUGGAAGCUCUCCGAACCCUGCGGCGGCGCGCACAGCCGUGCAGCGCUCCUCCAGCUUCGGUGUUCCCAAUGCCAGCAGCAUCAAGCAGAUGUUGCUGGACUGGUGCAGAGCCAAGACCCGGGGCUAUGAGCACGUGGACAUCCAGAACUUCUCAUCCAGCUGGAGCGACGGCAUGGCCUUCUGUGCUUUGGUCCACAACUUCUUUCCGGAGGCUUUUGACUACAGCCAGCUCACACCCCAGAAUCGCCGUCACAACUUCGAGGUGGCCUUCUCCUCUGCAGAGAUGCUGGCAGACUGCGUGCCCCUGGUGGAGGUGGAAGACAUGAUGAUCAUGGGGAAGAAGCCAGACCCCAAGUGCGUCUUCACCUAUGUGCAGUCCCUCUACAACCACCUGCGUCGCCACGAGUUGCGCAUGCGGCAGAAAGAGUGCUAGAGCCUGCCCUGGCCUGCAGCUGCCCGACACCUCACUGCCCCCUCCCCGCAGGGACGCUGGUGUGCGGAGGAGCUGCUGCUCCGCUCCAGAGGCUGGCGGGAGGGCCUGGAGAGGCUGCGGGGCUGGUCCUGGGGAAAAGAGGGGGGGGGAUCCAUCACUUGGGUCACCCCCUGCUUCGGCCUCGCUGGAGCUCCUCGGUCGGCCUCUGCCCGGCUGAAGGCGUGGGCAGGGCAGGACAGUGCCAGGCGGGUGCUGCCCAGGAUGCCACCCUCCCUGCAGCCAGCUUGGUUCUCCUCCUCCCUACCCCCCCCGCCAUGCUCUAGCGUAUUAAGUUAUUCAUUUUCAAAGGAAUUGUUUGUAGGUGGGCAGUGCCCCUGUUUCCCAGGGAGGCUGGGGCAUGGUGGUGCCCUCGGGCCCUGAGCCAGCGUGGGUCCACGUAAGCGCAGCUCAGCCCGCGGACCCCCCUCCAAGAACCGGGGCCCUGGUGGGCACUGCUGGUUUUGGUACCUCCAUGAGGCAGAGCGCCUUGGUCUCCAGGCAGCCCGAGAGCGGUUUUCCUGGCCCCCCCUGCAAGGAAGCCAGCCUCUCUGCCCACCACAGUCCCUGCUUGGUGCCACCUCUCCGGGAUGGCCCCAUGCUGACACCCUGCUUCCCACUGCACUCACGUGCCCAGGGCACUUCCACGGCAGGGACCUGCAGCACCCACGUGCUGGGGAGCUGGAGGGGAGCAGGGAGGGCGUGAGGGGCCAGGGCCAGGGUCUAGGCAGCCCCCGUGCUCCUCCCCAGCUCUGGGCACGUUGUGCUCAGUGCCACUCACCCCUUCAUCACCGUCUACACCUGCGUUGACACGUGUACCAACACCAGCCAGACAAUAAAGGUUUAUUCUAUAGGGCAA